UUGCACGUCGAGCGUUCAGUAGACUCGGCCAUUUCUCUCGCGAAACGUAGCGACUCGCUCAGCCGCGCGACGGUUUUUUUUUUCGCGACUGCACCGUGCGGGUAUACUCCCGGAAGUUUUGCAAAAUAACGCGACGCAAAAGGAUGAUACACUCCGGGCGCACCAGGCUCGAGAAAAAAGUAAGUCUCCAACAGUUAGGAGUGGGAGGAGGGGGCCAAGGGGUCGGAGCAAUACAAGCGGUAUUGGUCGAGGAGACGGAAAAAGGAAGCGGCGGUACCGGUGGACAAUGGUGGAAGCAGCAGCAUCCAUCCUAUCAUCACCAUUAUCACCAACAUCAUCAUCAUCAACAACAUUAUCAUCAUCAGGGCGGUUAUUACACGCAAUCGCAUACUCACAACCCUGUCACUACCAUGAAGCAAUCCUACAUGCAGCUAACAUGGGUGUUUCAUGAUGACGAGGCGCAGAUUAACAAGAAACUGCCAAAAGAAUUACUACUCAGAAUUUUUUCGUACCUCGAUGUCGUAUCGUUAUGCCGUUGUGCCCAAGUAAGCAAGGCCUGGAACGUAUUGGCCCUCGAUGGGUCCAAUUGGCAGAGGAUCGAUCUUUUCGAUUUUCAACGAGACGUGGAGGGACCAGUAAUAGAAAAUAUCUCGAGGCGUUGUGGCGGAUUCCUCAGGCAGCUCUCGCUCAAAGGAUGCCAAAGCAUCGGCAACAACUCAAUGCGCACCCUAGCCCAGUCAUGUCCUAAUAUCGAGGAGCUUAAUUUGAGUCAGUGCAAGAGGAUCUCGGACGCGACAUGCGCGGCCCUCAGCAGUCAUUGCCCCAAGCUGCAGCGGCUGAAUCUGGACUCCUGCCCCGAGAUAACGGACAUGUCCCUGAAGGAUCUCGCGGCUGGCUGCCCGCUGCUCACUCACAUAAAUCUCUCGUGGUGUGAGCUACUCACCGACAACGGGGUCGACGCGCUCGCCAAGGGCUGCCCGGAGCUCCGCAGCUUCCUGAGCAAGGGAUGCCGCCAGCUAACGGAUAAGGCCGUGAUGUGCUUAGCGCGUUACUGUCCUAAUCUCGAAGCGAUCAAUCUACACGAAUGCAGGAAUAUAACGGACGAUGGAGUCAGAGAACUUAGCGAACGGUGUCCACGGCUGCAUUACGUUUGCCUGUCGAAUUGCCCCAAUUUAACGGACGCGACGUUGAUUAGCCUGGCACAACACUGUCCACUUCUCAAUGUACUCGAGUGCGUCGCGUGCACCCAUUUCACGGAUACGGGUUUUCAAGCCCUCGCGAGAAACUGCAAACUGCUCGAGAAGAUGGAUCUGGAAGAGUGCCUUUUAAUCACUGACGCCACCCUCACUCAUCUGGCGAUGGGUUGUCCGAGAUUGGAGAAACUAAGCCUGUCACAUUGUGAGUUGAUCACCGACGAAGGCCUCAGACAAAUCGCGCUGUCGCCAUGUGCGGCGGAACACCUAGCCGUCUUAGAGCUGGACAACUGCCCGAACAUCUCGGACAACGGUCUGAACCAUCUGAUGCAGGCCUGUCACAAUCUCGAGCGUAUCGAACUUUACGACUGCCUACACAUUACCAGAGAGGGCAUACGUAAACUCAGAGCCCAUCUACCGAACUUAAAAGUGCACGCGUAUUUUGCACCGCCGACUCCACCACCCAGCGCAGGAGCCUCGCGACAACGAUACUGUCGGUGCUGCGUCAUUCUGUGAUUUUGCCUUCAACUCCUAACUCCGAAGUAAAAAAUCGUCCGAUAUAUAUACCCACGGGAUUAGUGGACCUUUAUCGGUGAUCGCUGUUUGCGGCGAUUAUGGGACCUCUCUCUCUUUCUCUCUCUCUCGUGGUUACCGGAGGAAGGGCUCCGGUUGCCCAUCACACAUUGAUAAGUGAGAACGGGACUCGUUGUCAAUUGCAAAUCGUUAAAUCGAUUCAUGCUCCACAUGCAACGAGUGAAGUACGUCAUCAUCAUCAACACAGAUGCUACUACUGCAAUUACCACUAUGACCGCUGCUGCUGCUCUGCUGCUGCUAUUACUAUUACUACUAUUACUACUACUACUACCGCUGUUACUACUACACUUAUUAUUAUUAUUAUUUCUAUUUGUACUCCGUUAUCUCGAUAGUAAGUGCAUCGCCACUAUCUCGGUUUAUAUUGCGUGCGGAAAGUUAGUCUGCAAAGGAAAGAAAUUCUCAGGUUUCCUUUAGCGAUAUUAUCGUUUUCUAUGAUCUUCAUUUAGCGUUCGUCCACAGAGAGAAAUGAACGCGCCCGCGCGUUUUCUGAGUCACUCGCGAUACAUACGGAGCGACGUAUUCGAGAGCGAGCGAGCUUAUUUUGAUUAGCGUUCGGACGCGUAUUUUCCUAGCGCUACGCGAGCAAGUUUAUCGAUUUACGUUGCUCGAUAAACACGAGAUACUUAUUUUAAGAUACGCGUAAAUGUCUUAUAAAUAUCUUAAUGAGCACCCGCGCGCGUACUACCGAUGGAACGUGGAAGAGAAACGGUAGUUUUAGGGACAACACGGAGUCAAGCGUGCAAUUGUAUCCAGAAGUCGAAUUUCACACACAAUCUCGACGUGUAAUCGUAGCAGUUUCUCAACGAACACUGCCUAUAAUGCUAUUGAUAAACGAGAAAAAAAGAUGCAAAAAAAGAAAAAAACAAAACACGGUAUAGCAACCGCGAAUCGAAUCUCGUCGUAAUAUUUAGGGUAUUAAUUAUCGUUUAUCGUAUAACGUAGACGUAUAUGCACCGAUAAAAUACGGCUCGGUGAAAGUGUUUCUUCUCGGUGUCUGUUUAAAAAGUAUUAACGAAUCGCGCGUACCGUGAUUACCGAGCGACACCUACGAAUUUCUUUCCUUUCGUUAAAAAAAGAAAACGAAAAAAAAGGAAGAAAAAAUAGGAAGAGAGAGAGAAAAACGAAGAAGAACGCGUAUCGCGGAAUUUGUCGCAUCAAGAGCGCACAACUUUCAACUUUCAACGACGAAAAUUUCGACGUAUAUUUGUGAUCGUGGACACUCGAGAUAGAGUGAGAAUGGGAGGAGGACGUUCGAGUAUCGUCUUUGAAGACUCCACCGCCGCUGGCGCGGCCUAUAGCGGUGGCGCGUGAGAGAUGCAUUUUACAUCGAUUCGCGGGCAGACGGUAUUUAUGCCCGUGUAUCGUAUCCUCGAAUACCCGUGUAAAACGUAAACACCACUUCUCCUCGACAGCCCGGACAUCUAUUCUAUUAUUUCUAUUCUCCGUUUUAUUAUCUUGUUUUCUUUUUUGUUUUAUUUUCUUUUUGUAACUUGUCAUGGACUAGGAGAGCACAGACUGAAAAACGAAUCAAAGCGUUAAUGUGUUAAACCGAUUAACUUCGUGCCGGCGGCGAACGGCGCUGGCAUUUUUACUUUUUAAGCCUAGGUUUAAAAAAAAA